CGUUUCUCAAUGUCGAGGUUACUUUGAGACAACAUUACCCCGUGAAACAUUGUAAGUAAAUCAUCUUUAUUAUGUGUUCGCUUUUAAAUUUCACUGUAUUUUAAAAGUAGCAAACGACAUACCUAACAACUGAACAAUGUAAAAUUCAAGUAUCCCUAUAUUAGGAGGUUAAAUGUAGAUAUUUUUUUCUUGUGGAAGAGAAUUGUGUGUCUUUUUUUAAACUAAAAAAGUCACACUAUUUAAAUAGUGUUAAUCAUGAUGUAAUAUUUGAUAAUAAUUAAAUUGAAGUGUAAUGUAGCAGUUUUAAUGUUAUAAUACCCUGGAAUCAAUUAUUAAAAUUUCAUCAAAUCGAAAUUUAAUAUAUAUAUAUAUAUAUAUAUAUAUAUAUAUAUAUAUAUAUAUUUGUUUAUCAGAAGAGCAGAGUCUAAUGAAAUGUGUUUCAGUCCGAUGUUUAUAAAUAGACCCCUAUAUAUAUAUAUAUAUAUAUAUAUAUAUAUAUAUAUAUAUAUAUUUGUUUAUCAGAAGAGCAGAGUCUAAUGAAAUGUGUUUCAGUCCGAUGAUUAUAAAUAGGCCCCUAUAUAUAUAUAAAUCAUUGCAAUUUCCCCACCAGACAUCGUCCUCAGCUAUUCCCACCCACCUUCCUUUUGCCAGUUCCCCGGCCCCAAUUUUCAUACUUCUCCUAAUACCCUACGCCCUCCCAGCGUGAUUCAUGUUUUAACUCCCCUCAAAAGUGUCUACAGCAUGUCCCUCUCAAACCCACCCUACCCCUUCUCUUCCAGGACCCCCAAAACUAUCCCCUAAUCAUCUCCCUUAAGCUUUCCCCCACGAACAACCACAGCGUUACAAAGGCCAUACUGAAAGUCGAUGAGCAAAAGCUUGAUUUGUAGAAUAAAUUACCAAUAAUAUUCCUCUAUUAUUUUUAUUAAUUUUUAUGGAAGCGUUCCCACAGAUGUUCUACAAUACUGAGGCAGCCCCUCCCACGUCUGCCCUUGUGGAUAUCUUGGCUUUGAGGCUCUCUGUCUGUUGCGGCUCCCUGUCUGUUGCGGCUCUCUGUCUGUUGCGGCUCUCUGUCUGUUGCACCGAUCGUCCCGACCCCGGCCAAACAUAAGGCAAGAUAUCACGCCCCCAUCCCCACCCCGGGCCUGGUUAGCCCGAGGGGAUAAGAACAAACGCUGCACUUUGAUCUUAGCCAAAAGGCCCAGAAGUUGUGCAUGAUACUUCUAUAAAAUUAUAGAUAUAUGUCUGGAUAUAACUGUCAAAAUGACAAUUUUGCAGAUCAGUACGUACGUACAAGCAAAUAAGUUUGAGUUUUUGUUCGCGGGUGCUAAAAUGAUUACUGUUUGGCCUUCAAAAACAAUUUAAAACUGUUGUUUAGACCAUAGGAAAACACACAUUCAUGAAGUAGCAAAUAAUUUAUGGUUGGGUGUCACCACAAGAUGAGGAUAUUUAUUAAAGGGUUGCGGCAUUAGGAAGGUGGAGAACCACUGAUUUAAAACAUAAUAAUAAAUUUGUCAACACUUUUGUUAAAAUGCUUUUUUAAACAUUUUAACCACUUUUUUUUUUCUCUUUAGUCUGCGCUGACGAUCUCAGAGUGACUAAAAAGCCAUCACCCAUGGUUAAAUCGUCUCUCGCUUGUGGCCUCCAGGCUUGCAUAAGUCAAAAGUGGGAGAAAAAUGAACACUGGGAUAUUACUGUAAUUGUCGAGCAGGUCGAAUUUCACUGCCACCGGUUUAUUCUGAGCGCCUGCUCGACUUUCUUUGAUGAGCGCUUACGUUCUGAAAACAUUCAGAAUAGCGUAGUACUGGAAAACAUGAGCAAAGACAGUUUCCAAGCUGUGCUCAGUCUCAUAUACCAAGGCCAUGUGAGUCUAACACCCGAGAACGUCC